AUGGGUUUUGCAAUAGUUUACCUCAUUGAUCCCAUUUACUACCCCAUUCUGGCAGCUGUGGGCGUGAUUGUUAACGUGGCGGCCAUUGUGAUCCUGACUCGGGGAAAGUGUGGGCUGACUCCUGUGGUCACUUGCUACCUGGUGGCCAUGUCCUCGGCUGACCUGAUGGUGGUUGUUUUCGAGGUGAUAUUGCAUCGAGUCUAUUACACCUACACUUUAAACCACUUUCCGUUCUCCUUCCUGUGGAUGACUCCCGCUUGCAGUCUGGCCGCGGUCCUGCGAUACUCCGCCACCGAUUCCUCCGUCUGGCUGACCGUGGCUUUCACCGGUGACCGUUUCGUGGCCAUUUGUUGCCCGAAGCUCAAAGCCAGAUAUUCCACUCGGAGAUCAGCACUACUGAUCAUCGUCUCCGUCUGUUUCUUGAGCAGCUCCAGAAACCUCCCGUGGUAUUUCAUCUUCGAACCUGUGUUCGUGUUUAAUGGCAUCCCCUGGUUCUGCUCCAUCAAGUUGACCGAUCUCUUCAUCUCCAGCGCCUGGUCUGCCUUCUACCUCUUCAACUACACCAUGACGCCUCUGCUGCCCUUCGCCCUGAUUUUCCUGCUCAACUCGCUGACCGUUCGGCACAUCCUGGCGGCGAGCCGAGUGCGGAAAGAGCUGCGGAGGGGACAGAGGACGGCAGAGACGGAGCGGGACUCGGAGAUGGAGAGGCGGAGGAGGUCUAUCAUCCUGCUCUUCUCUCUCUCCUCCACUUUCCUGAUUCUCUGGAUGACACAUUUUGUGUACUCCCUCCUGUACAGGAUCCGUAUCAUGACCAGGAAAGAGAUCGAGUCGUACAACACAAAUAAGAUUGGGGACAUGUUACGCUUUCUGAGCUGUUGUACCAACACUUGUAUCUAUGCCAUUACCCAAUCCAGAUUCAGAGAGGAGCUCAAACAUGGCUUCACAUAUCCCUGUCAUCUGCUUGCUAAAGUACUCAAGUGA